CCGAUAGAGAUCAUUUUCGGGGAUACCGGAAGUCACGUGAUACAAAUUGACAUCCUUCCUCUGCAUAUUAAAGAGUGCAGCGCCAGUCUUGGAAUUAGUGUUGGAGGUCUACUGAAAUGGAAGAACCAAUCUGCGGUACACCGCCAUUGGAAAACAAUUCUUUACCUGUCAACUGGACUCGUCAUAAAUAUUGCUCUGGUUUGGAACCUUGGGAGGACCAAAUUGUCGGGACAUAUCUUAUACUUGCAGACCUCAUAGCCAUUCCUCUCAACACACUCGUCAUAUGCCUUGCAUACCGGCUCCGGAGGUCAUUUACUGCCUGUGAUUAUUACAUAGUCAAUCUAGCCAUCUCGGACCUCGGACAUCCGCUGAUGGGGUACCCGAUGACCAUCGCUGCCACCUUUUCACAUAGGUGGACAUUUGGAAAAAUAGGUUGUGAUAUAAAUGGGUUUCUUGGCUUCUACUUCGGUGUAAACAGCAUGACAACCCUCGGGGUGAUGAGCCUUGUACGUUACGUCUCAGUGAAGAGGCCAGCAUUAGUUCAAGUACACAACCGAUGGAAAGUCAUCACCAGUCUCCUUGCCAUUCAUUCUUAUGCGUUCUUUUGGGCCAUAACUCCAUUGGCCGGUUGGGGCAUGUACGAUGUAGAACGAUAUGGCCUCUCUUGUACCCUUCUGUGGAGUCACCCAAACAAAUCUUACCUUUUAAGCAGUUUCGUGUUUUGCCUAGCGCUGCCUAUUUCUGCCAUGGCCUUCAGUUACAUCUCCAUAACAAGCAUAAGCACGGCAACCAGGCAGAAAAUGUUACGGUGGAAGCAAAACACACGUUGGAAACAGUGGUCAUUACAGGAGCUGCGUCUGCUAAAAGUAACAAUUCUAAUGCUAUCGGUGUUUGUCCUUGCCUGGACGCCCUACGCUAUCGUGAGUAUGAUCGAAGCCUUUGCUUCCAACGUCACAAUUCCCAUGUAUGUUUCCCUUGUGCCAGCCCUAUGUGCCAAAGCAUCUCACAUCCUAGAUCCACUUAUAUAUUUCGGAAUGAAUAAAAAGUUCAAGCGGUUGAUGCCGUCGCUGUUCAACCUUUCAACGCUCCAGGACGGUGAGCGCACUCCCAGCAGCGUUGGACAAUCAGCAACGCCAAGGAAGAUGCUGUUUUCAAUGUAAUGUCUCCGUGUGCCCAUCAUUCGUGCUCAAUGGUUAUGCAGUACAACGAAUGCCUUUCAGGAGACCAUGUUCAAUGUGUGAUAACGUGAACAGAAGAAGCUGAAGUUGUGAAAUUUCUCAUUUAUAGACAUCUAUGUGCAGGGAUGCGUGCAGUAUUACCGUUAUGUGAUGAUGACGAGUACCAUGAACACCUACUAAUGCCUCUGUAUUUCUACCGUGCGAUCCAUUGUUCAUGCCUUUGCGUGACACUUUCGAAAUUUCAGUUGGAUGUGAAUAACCGUGUGUGUUUUAUGUGGAAAUAUGAUUCAGGGAAAAGUGAAGGGAAGAGAUUUCGGAAUAUUUGUUCAAACGCAAUGUGUUUAACGUUGUUGUAAACUAUUUGUUCACUGAAUCAAAGUGUGUGGUUAUUUUUUACUCUUAACAAUCAUGCUGCUGACAUGAGAAUCAUUUUGUGCCAGUCUCCAUAUUCAAAAAGUGUGUUCAGUUAAGUAACUCUUCAUUGUAUGCUUACUGAGACGUUCAUGGCAAUCCCUAAUGAAAUCCUCCAUUGAACCGUUCAUGGAAUCCUACAUUUGAUUCUUCAUGAACUUCUUCAUUUAACGGUUUAUGGAUCCUUCAUUAAUUCUUCAUUUCAUUCUUCCUGGGAUCCUUUAUUGACAUGCAUGGAACCUUCAUUUAAUCAUUCAUGGAUGUUUUUCGCGGAGUUAUUUACAGAAUUCCAACUGGAAUCCUCCUUGGAAUCCUUUUAUUAAUCCUUAUUAAUGAUUGGAGGAUUUCUUUGAGAUGAAUUGUAUACAACAACAUAUAUACAUACAGGGAUUAUGAUGACAGUGCCUAUAUGCACAUGAUGUUUGCCCUUCACUUUAUGACAUAUACCUCUUUAAAAAAUCAAGUGUUCUUCAAACUGCUCUCAGAAUAUUUGUAAAUAUGUAACUACUGUUUAACUAUCCAUCCAAUUACAUUAUGUUACACUUGAGAUAACUUCCCACAGUACAUAUGACUAAGUUGAGCCAUUGUUUAAGUCAGACAUGUGUCAAGUAUAUUCUUGCAAAUUUUACACCAGGCAAAACCAAAUUGAGUCUUCAUAUUUUCUUAGGAAUAUUUUGUUGAAGGUAAAGUCAAUAGCAAGAUCCUAACUAAGCUAGUCCUGUUGUCUUGAUUAUAGUUUUUAAGACUCUGAAUCUUUAUGCGGUGAUCUUACUAAGUAUAGUUGUUGCUUGCUUGUGAUACGAUGACAUGACUGUCAACCAAGUCAACGAGCCUGUCGUUGCUGAAGACCAGUUCUUACCAGGAUCGUUACGGAUAAGAUCUUAGUAUGCAACAGAUUAGGCCGUUCAGCUAUUCUUAUAUAUAUUCCCCGGUGGAAAAUUAGUUGGGAAAUAAUUGGUUAUUUAAACGAUAUUAGGCCAUCAUGGCAAAUGCAAUCAAAAGGAGACCCAAUUGGUCACUUUGAUUCCAACGACAAGCAUUGGUGACUUGGGAUAUGUCCUACAAAGAAUGUCCAAGGGAUUGAAAGCGAUUGUUUUCGCGGUAACAUCAUUCUGUAAUAAGGAUUCAUAAAUGUGCACAUAAUAAAAUCAGAGUCCUCUAAUCUACUCUACUUUCGGCGCAGCUUUCGUAUUAAGAUGUACAUGAUUUUAGUGCUUCUAUUUAAUAAACCCAUGAACACUUGUUCGGGCAUGAAGGCGCUGAAUGUAACAAUGUCUAGUAAACGUCCUUUUUGUACGGAAAUUCAUUAAUCAAUUUCAGGAAUCAAAAUAUACUGAGGUAAUGAAAGAACCCUUCUUUGUAUGUGAACAUGUGUUUGUAUUAAUUUGUUAUUCACGAUUUGUUAAGGCUGGAAAACGUUCGGGAACAUCUGCCACGUAAUUGUCCUAUCAUUGCAUUCAACAUCAUGUGUUUAUACAUUAUGACACUAAUAUACUAUGUACAAAUGUGUAUUUACCGGUGCAUGUGUCCUUACACAUCUAAUGGUCUGGGACCCGUUUUACAAUCCGAUCUGAGCGCUAAGGCGACCGUUACUCCUAUUUCUGAAUUAGGACUCACGAUGAUCGUAGCUCUGAUCUCUCUUUUCAGAAUAGGACCAGAACAUUGCCACAGCAUGUGAUGAGACAUUAAGAAUAUAAAGAAACACUGAGAUAUUGUUGAUUGUUUAAAGGGUUUGUGUAACUUGAAAGGUACAUGUAGUUAUAAACAACUAAAAUAGUAAAAGACAUGAUAUAUAAAGUUUCGUUUGAUGCAUGUUGUUAUCUUUUUUAAGAAAACAAUAUUUAACAUUGAACCGAACGCAAAGAGAUAAAUAUAACCUUGAUUACUUCAAUAUUAUUAAAAUGGUUUUGAAAAGAAUUUGACGAGUAUAUAUACAGUCUGAAUGAUAUUCUGCGCACAAUUGACACACCUUUUAUGAUUUGCACUAUCAUACUUAUCUUCCUUUGUGUUACUGAUUUUUUUCACUUUCAUUAUAUACAGGGAUCGUGAAUAUUUUUGCUGGAUAAUUUUAUAUUGUGACCAAACACACCGCAUUAUAUCAUAUAUUAUCUCCCAAAAUCUUCAUGAUCUAUCAUUUAUGAGUUUUCCAGUUGAAGUAUCUUUCUAGAUACGUACUUUUUUCUGGUCUACUAUGUAUGGUUUGUACUUUUUUACAUAACUAAUAUAUCUUCAGUGUAUGAUCAUAUGAAAUGUGACAAUGAAUUCAGAUUCUGUUUUCAUCAUCGUCUUGAAGCACAUUUCUGUGGGCAGUUUACUUCAGUUUGUAAUAUAGGGAAAUGCAUAUAGUGGAACGGUAGGUAUUCAGUAGCAAGACAUGGAAUAGUGAUAAACUCUUCAGUAUUCAGGUGAUUACAAAUACAUGUUGUUAUACAGAGAAAUAAAUGGGACUCCUACCGAAUUGUUGGAUGGCUGAGUAGAGAGACUACGUAUAUAGACUGGCUUGGCGGAUAGGCACAUACACCCUAGACAUAGAAGUAAUGUUGUGUUUGAAUCCAUGUUGCUACACGGAAUUAAGUCGGAUCGAGGCCUUGACGUCAGAACAGGGACACCAUACUGCAUACAUCCCAUUGUUUUGCUCUUUAUGCUAUAUAUGAUAUGCAAUGUAUGACGAAAAUGAACUUCUUUGUUUAAUGUGUAUAAGAAAUGAACGAUAUCCAGUUCUAAGGAAGAUCAGAUAGAGAACCGUUUAUCAUCAACGUUGGAUCAAGAUCUUAAAAGAAGAUCGUUGUUCUACGAAACUUCGUUUUAUGUCAGUGUUGGAUGUGUAUGGACAAGAAUCCGCCAAAAACAUCGCAAACACCGCCUUUGUACAUCACUGAUUUGCCUUGUCAGCAGAACUUUCAGUGAAUCUAAUUCAGUUCCGAAUUUAUGACAACGACGUUGUAAAAAUAUAUAUGUGAGCCAUGAUUGCCCAUAUAACAAUUUUCACAUUUGUCACAUGUAAAUACAUGCCAGUGUAAGAUAAUCUGUUAUUAUUUUUCAUUAUCGUUCACCAUCAUUUACUGAUUUUCCUGAUUUCUUACUGUAAGAGACGUACUUUCCAGAUGUACUUCGGCUGAUUCGGGUGACUAUGUUGCCUUUUCGUUUGUCAGACAACGAAAACAGUACACUCUGGGAAUGUCUGUUGUCCAUAAACCGAUGUCUCUCUGUAAACAUACUUUUGCCGUCAGUAAGUGUGGUUGACAACGAUUAUUGAGAAGCGUUGGGUUUGUUUUCAAAUGGGGCAGUAAAAUAUAACUUAUUGGAUAUUUUGCCGACAAACAAGAUGUAUACAUUAGGGGUGUUCAUCCUCGUGGUUUUGCAUUCAUUAUUUAUACCUGUGAUGUAUUUGACAUGAAUUAAAAUGUUUCUAUCUC